GGGAGAGUUAAAAAAUGAAGUGUUAAUAACGGAAGUGUUUUAUGUGAAAUUGACAAAAAUGUCCUAGUCUGAAUCCUAGAAAUCUUUAAAGCAAUAUGAUUAAAAUCGAAGCAGGAAGUUUCAGCUACUAUGGGUGUUUCGUUCGUCCUUGAAGGAGGUAAAGUAGUUCAGAAUUUAAAUACUCCGUACAUGCUUUUCUUGGCAGAAUGGCAGUUACGAUGCUUGCAGCGAAUCCCCAUUUGGUUCUUCUCCUAUCUUCUUAUUUAGGCCUCCAAUGAGUUUUGUUGCAAUCCCCUCUAAUGCUUGAAAACGGAUGCUGCUUCUUGGCAUCAUCAACGAAUGUGAAGUACGCUUCUUGAACCACAUCAGUCACAGCUGCUUUGACAAAGCUUUGAGCAAUCCAGUUGAGUCGGAGGAAGAAAAUCUCAGUGGGUGAGAUUGUGAAAAUAGGAAGACGAGCUUCAAUGGGCUCUUUCAUGUGAUGAGGUGUACAAAAUAAUUGCCGACAUCGUGAAGCAUACUUUCUGAAACUGAAAAGCCAGUUGAACUGGCUGACUCAGCAAAUUAAGGCUCAUCGUGGGGGAAACAGGCGGGUUUCAAGAUGUGCGGGAAAAAAUGGCGCAACCACUAUCGAAAAAUAGCGCCAAUCUAUCUCCAUUAUUCUAUAUAUCUCCAUAUAUAUACAAGUCACCGCCUCAGCCAUAACCAUAAUUCUUGCCGGUCCAUAUUCUUGAAUCGGGAAUUCAUAGCCUCUUAUUCUAUUUUGAAAGGACACUCUUCCAGCUCUCCACCCCUCUCCAAUUUGGUACUGUCGACCUUCACAAACGAGAAAGGAUUAGGCUACAUAUACAUGGAUUCACAGGACCGUGCUAACCUUCCAUUUACUAGCGAGAAUCAAUCUACCAAUUAUGGAAUUCCAUCCCAGAAUUUGAACCAAUUUAACCCAAUGAACAACCCGAUGAUGCAGCCUAUGUAUCACUUUGAUCCAACUAUUGGAGCAUAUGCUGUCCACAUUGAUCAACAUAAUCGACCUACAUUUCCCUUGCAACACAUGUUGAAUACCCCUAUGGGCACUCAGAACUUUGAGACAGUAAAUGCAUUAAACAAGAGAGCUAAAGACAUUCAAGAUCCAAAUCUCUCUCAAAAUGCAACGUCUAAGAAAGACUGGACUACAGAAGAGGAGGUUGCUUUAACCGAAGCUUGGUUAUAUAUAUCCACGGAUGCUGAUGUGGGAACUAAUCAAAAAAGUUCAGCUAUGUGGAAUCGUAUAUUAGAAGUCUGGAAGGAGAAAAUGGGGCCCGAGCACAAGAAAUCUAGGACUAAUAAUAGCAUACAAUGCCAUUGGCACCAAAUACGAAAUGCAGUAGCCAAAUUUGUUGGGAAAUAUGAACAACUCGAAAGACAUCCAAAAAGUGGAACAAAUUCGGAAGACUUGUUGAGGCAGGCGUUGGAGUUAUACAAGGAUUUCUAUGGGAGUCAUUUCAAAUUUCUUCACUGUUGGACAAUCUUGGUCAAGGAUUCAAAAUGGUGCUCAACAAAUCUUACGAAGACGAGGGUACAGCCUAAAGGUAAGUCUGACAAAAAUUAUUCACCACCGGUAGGUGACUCUGAAACUAAUAUCCCUGAAGAUCAAGUUCCCCCUGAUGGCAUUAACGCCGAAGGUAUUGUGCGCCCACAAGGAAGAAAAGCUUGUAAAGAAAAAAAGCGAAAGCUAAAUGAAGAAAAGGGUGUUGUUGAUGCAUUGAAUAAGCUACAAUGUACUCUGGAUAAACAAAUUAGUUUCAAUAUGACAAGCUUGGAGUGGAGAAAAGAGAAUGAUGAGAAAGAAUUUCAGCUGAAAGAGCAAGUGAUGAAAAAAGAAAUUGAACUAAAGGAGAAUGCUCAAAAGUUGAGGAAAAAGGAAAGAGCUCAGAAUUACAUUAUGAAUCAAGAUCUAAGCAAGUUAUCACACCCAGUGCGAACUUCCUUUGAAAACAUGCAGGCUGAGAUUUCAAAAGAAUGGGAGAGAGAUGCCCUUUCUUAAAUUUGUGUAUCAAGUGAUACAGUCUUUAGUUUGCUUUCACUAGAUUCUCACCCGUGCGAUGCACGGAUGGAAAUUUAUCAAUGUGUAAUUAAGAACUCUAUUAUAAAA